UGUUCCCACAGUGGCAGCCCAGGACAGCGGGGGCCACAACCCUGCUGUCGGCCGGGUGCAGCGCGAGGGCCGCCGAACGCAGCCCUGGGGUCUGCCCCGGCCAUGGCCAGGGAGAAGUCGCCCGGGAGGAGCUGCAGCUCACUGAGCCGGUGUCUGCUGGGCGCCGCGCUGCUAGUGGGCCUGCGGCUCGGCGCGGAGCUGCGGCGCGCCGGGCCCCGACCUCCAGCCCGCAGCGCCCCGCCGAAUCCCGCCCCUCCGCUGCCCGCGGCACACCUGCGGCCCGCGCCUGGCCCGCCGCGUGGCGCCAGCAGGAGGCAGGUGACCUACGUGCGCAGCGGGCGCCGAGCGCCGCCGCGGGGCGGCGGGAGCGGUACGCCGGAGCCGGGCUGCUGCGCCCCGCGCGGACGUCCCCGCUGGAAGGGUCCCCGGUGGCACAUAGACCUCCAGCCUUGGGCAGGCCCUGCCCAGUCCCUGGAUGAAGAAGCCUUGAGGUUCCUGAGAUAUAUCAGCACCACCCAGAUUGCAUGUGAUCACAUGAGCACAGACCACCUGGCCACCAACGCCAGCCCUGCGAAGAAGCCCUGGUCGGUUUGUCUUGAUGACAGGUUUGGCUUAGCUCAUCAAAUCCGCAACAAGCGGUGCCGUCUCUACUCUUUAGGGCUGGGAAGUGAUGAUACCCAUUUUGAGGUCAGCAUGGCCAACAACGGGUGUGAAGUGCAUCGUUUCGACCCUAGUGUUAAAUCGGCUCACAUUCUGGAGAGUCAGCACCUUUGGUAUCACCGCUUGUCCAUCAACUGGCGCGACCCCCAUCCAGCUGUUGCUGCCCAGAAACUACACAGCAACACCAGAAAAUUGGGAACUAUUUUGAAUGAAUUUGGGCAUCACAAGAUUGAUGUUCUCAAAGCAGAUCUGGAAAGUGCAGAAUGGAAAGUUUUGGAAAAUCUUAUUUUGGAAGAUGUCCUUGAGCAAAUCGGACAGCUCAUCUUCGAGAUCCAUCUCCACUGGCCCGGGUUUGAGGUCAGUGGCAGUGACAGCAGUGUAGUGCGGUUCUGGUACAGCCUCCUCAAAGAGCUGGAACUAAAGGAUUUCAGGCUUUUUCACAGUUACAAAGAUUUAUCUAAACCUCAGCUAUUCCUGAAGAAAGACAUUUUCAAUGCAAGUAGCUGUUACACUCUCAGUUGGGUGAAUACAAGGUGGAAAUAGGCUGCAGGACCUCAUCAAGAACUCGAGGAAAUAUUUACAGAAUGGAGUACGUCCAUGAUUCUAGCUACUGUUUUACGUGUACAGUCUCCCACUAGGCUGUUGCCUGCUUGAGGCAGACAUGGUCAUUGCCUCUGUGGUGCGGACAGCCGGGUGCCCGCCACGUGGCCAGGGUGCAUUAAUGCGUUAAGGCGAGGGUGGACACGGAGUCAGCCCUCAUCCGCCCAUACCCGGGCUCUGUGCUGUGUGCCUCCGACAGAGUGGGGAUGCCCGUCUUCCUUCGCUUCGAUUUGGAAGAUGAUCCUCCGCUUACCUCAGUUUUCUCUAAAAUUCAUUAUGUAUCAAUAAUCCAUGAAUUCACCAACAUAAAAAGGAAAUUACACAAAUUUUCCUUUUUUAUGGGGUUGAUGAGAUUCUUAAGUUUGCAGACCACUGUUUAAAGUAGGAUCUUCCAUUUGACUUGAACUCACCUCUUUCAUGUUCACCUUGUUCACCUGGUGAUAACAUUCUGCCCACCUUGUAGAUUUCAGUCACUCCUCCUCAGCCUUUGCUGAGGCCAUGCCAGGGUUUUAUAAAACCCACGGAUCCUAGUAUCUGGGAACUGAGGUGCACCAAGUUCUCUCACUGAGCUUAGGAGUAGACUAUCAAGAGCUGCGCCUCGGCGUCCUUUUCCUGGGAGCCUUAAGUCCCCUUCUGCGCCUAUGAACUAAGCACAUAGGAGAAUUUGAGUCCCUAUUGCUGCCUCUUCUGACUUCAAACCUGAUUUCUCAACCACAGAUUUGCCUAUGCUGUCGAUUCUUCCCCCCCAAAUAUAUUAUCUCAAAGAGUAAGUGAGUGUUUCUUUACUGCCAGUUGGUAUGUGGUGGUCUGAGGGCCAGAGUUUCUUUCCUGGGGUGGUUACACAGUGUUUCCGUAGUGCCAAUCCUUUUCACUUUUUAAAAACAUAUUAAGCAGAAAAUUAAGGUUCUCAAUCGUUCAAAUAAUCUUUUUCAUUUUUAUUUGCCAGAUUAGACAUUUACCCCUAUGAAUAAUUUUCAAAUAACUAUUUCAAAUAAAUUAAUUAAAUACUGUACUUUUCAGACUCUAAGAUGCACCUAGGUUUUAGAGGAGGGAAAUAGGGAAAAAAAA